GACUGAGGACUGAGGGAGAGCACCGUUGCCUUCAUCGCGCUCACUUGUUCACGAUAACCUUCACGCCCGCACGCUCACCGGCAUCUCUCUAAAUAAUCCAACAUUUCAACCAAUACCGGAUGGACUUUUCCCCUGGAUUGUUUUCAUUUUCACAAUUUUACGCACGCCCAAUUUCACCCGGAGCUGUUCAUCUCCCUUAAGCGUGGAAAGUUCCGUUAAAAGCUUGGCUGACAAUGAAGAUCAAACCAUGGGGCAAGGCCCAACAAUGACAGUUAUGUGCUUCCAUCCAGGGAGUCGCUGCAAAGAAAACACCCAAGAUGCACCUCUGAAUCAUUGAUCACCGUGGCACGUUCAUGAGACCACUUGACGUGGGGAUUAGAUAUUUUCAUCUUUUCUUAGAGUUGACUGGAAGCUUAGAUUGCAUUUAUCAACAUUUGAUCUGCAUCAGAGAUUAAAAAAAAACAAAACACUGAUAUUUUACUUUGAUGCAAUGUGGAAUAUAAAAUAAAUCAGAUGCCCUAAUCAAAUAUUUUAGUCACUAUAAAAGGACCUUUAAAUUCACAUCACUUCCUCGUGCUUUCUGUUACUCUUUACAAUGAAUCCAAACAUCCUCCCUGGGAAAGUUCUUCUCCUAAGCACUGUGAUGGCACUCAGUGUGGGAUUAGAGUUUACUGGCUCAGAGGGUCAGUGGGCUCGAUACCUGCGCUGGGAUGCCAGCUCUAGAAGUGACCUGACUUUCCAGUUCAAGACGUCCCAACCAGAAGGCCUCAUGCUCUACUUUGACGACGGCGGAUACUGCGACUUCUUACUCCUCACCGUGUCCGAGGGCAGGAUGCAGCUUCGCUUCAGCAUCGACUGUGCCGAAACCACCAUUACGUCCGACAAGAUGGUCAACGACAGCCGUUGGCACUUUGCCGCUAUCAACAGGCACAAUCUGCGGACCGGCUUGGCCGUGGACGGCCAGACCAAGUUGGCAGAGGUGCGGCCUCAGCGACAGUUCAUGAAGAUCGUAAGCGACCUAUUCCUCGGGGGGCUCCCAGGAGACAUACGGACAUCUGCCAUCACCUUGCCCUCUGUCCGUGAGCUAGCACCCUUCAAGGGGAUCAUCACCGACCUUAUCUGCGGGAGUAAACUGCCCACGCUCAUCAACAGUCAGAAAGUACGCUUAGAAAUGUUAGGCCUUUGCACAGAGAACCCCUGUGAGAAUGGUGGGAUCUGCUCGCUGGCGGAUGGAGAACCCUACUGUGACUGCUCUAAAACUGGAUUUGUCGGGCGGUACUGCACUGAAGUCCAUAGAAUCCCAGGCCUCGCACACCUGAAGGCAGAGCAAGCGAGGGAGGAAAACGUGGCCACCUUCCGGGGCUCCGAGUACUUCUGUUACGACCUUUCACAGAACCCCAUUCAGAGCAGCAGCGAUGAGAUCACGUUGUCCUUCAAGACGUGGCAGCGCAACGGUCUCCUGCUCCACACGGGGAAAUCAGCAGACUAUGUCAAUCUGGCGCUAAAAGAUGGAGCGGUUUCCCUCGUCAUCAAUCUGGGUUCCGGUGCCUUUGAGGCUAUCGUCGAGCCUGUCAAUGGAAAAUUCAAUGACAACGCCUGGCACGAUAUCAAAGUCACACGCAACCUGAGACAGCAAUCAGGCAUUGGACACGCUAUGGUGACUAUAUCCGUUGACGGGAUCCUCACCACCACUGGCUACACCCAGGAAGACUAUACCAUGCUGGGCUCUGACGAUUUCUUCUACGUGGGUGGGAGCCCCAGCACUGCAGACCUUCCUGGAUCUCCAGUUAGCAACAACUUCAUGGGCUGCCUCAAAGAGGUGGUUUACAAGAACAACGACAUCCGUCUAGAGCUGUCCCGUCUGGCAAGGAUUGUGGACCCAAAGAUGAAACUUCAGGGCGACGUGGUCUUUAAAUGUGAAAACGUUCCUACUCUUGACCCCAUCAACUUUGAGACUCCCGACUCCUACCUGUCCUUACCAAAAUGGAACACCAAACGCGUUGGCUCGAUCUCCUUCGACUUCCGAACCUCAGAGCCCAACGGCUUAAUACUUUUCACCCAUGGCAAACCUCAGGAGCGACGCGAUGUCAAGUCCCAGAAGACCAACAAGGUGGACUUCUUUGCUGUCGAACUUCUGGAUGGGGUGUUGUACCUGGUGCUGGACAUGGGUUCUGGUACUAUCAAAGUGAAAGCGACACAGGCAAAAGUCAAUGAAGGUAGCUGGCACCAUGUGGACAUCCAGAGAGAUGGCCGUUCAGGCAUCAUCUCUGUAAACACCCACCGGACACCUUUCACAGCCAGUGGAGAAAAUGAGAUCUUAGACCUGGAGGGGGAUCUUUAUCUAGGUGGUCUUCCUGACAACCGUGCAGGUUUGAUGCUCCCCACUGAGCUCUGGACCGCCAUGCUAAACUAUGGCUACGUGGGGUGCAUCCGGGAUCUUUUCAUUGAUGGACGCAGCAAAGAUAUCCGACAGAUAGCUGUGUCCCAGAACACGACUGGUAUCAAGUCUUCCUGCAGUAAGGUGAUGGGAAAACAGUGUGACAGCAACCCUUGCAAGAACAGCGGGGUGUGUAAGGAGGGAUGGAACCGCUUCAUUUGUGACUGCACAGCAACAGGCUUCUGGGACAGCACUUGUGAAAGAGAGGCGUCCAUCCUGUCCUAUGAUGGCAGCAUGUACAUGAAGGUGGUGAUCCCAAAUGUGGUGCACACAGAAGCGGAGGAUGUCUCACUUCGCUUCAUGUCUCAAAGGGCAUUCGGUCUGCUGAUGGCAGCCACGUCCCGCGAGUCAGCAGACACGCUGCGACUGGAGUUGGAGAGUGGAAGGGUCAAACUGACGGUCAACUUAGACUGUGUCAGGAUAAACUGUAACACCAGCAAGGGUCCUGAGGCUCUUUAUGCUGGACAAAAGCUCAACGACAAUGAUUGGCACUCGGUCCGAGUGGUCCGCCGCGGUAAAAACAUCAAACUGGUUGUCGAUGACGACAUGGCUGAAGGCCAGAUGGCAGGCGAUCACACCCGUCUGGAGUUCAACAAUGUGGAGACAGGCAUCCUAACUGAGAGACGCUUUGUGUCUUCUGCACCCACUUCAUUUAUAGGACACCUCCAGAGCCUCAAGUUCAAUGGCAUGCAGUACAUCGACAUGUGCAAGAAUGGGGACAUUGACUUCUGCGAACUCAACGCCCGUUUCGGCAUGCGCUUCAUCAUCGCCGACCCGGUGACUUUCAAGACCAAGGGCAGCUACUUGGGCUUGGCCACUCUGCAGGCCUACACCACAAUGCACCUCUUCUUUCAAUUCAAAACCACCUCGCCCGAUGGCUUCAUCCUCUUUAAUAGCGGUGACGGGAGUGACUUUAUUGCUGUGGAACUGGUCAAAGGGUUCAUCCACUAUGUGUUUGACCUCGGGAAUGGCCCAAGUCUGUUGAAGGGGAACAGUGACAACCCACUGAAUGAUAACCAGUGGCACAAUGUGGUGAUCACACGAGAUACUUCCAACACGCACACACUCAAAGUGGACUCCAAGUCGGUCACCCAGAAUGUCAACGGAGCAAAGAACCUCGAUUUAAAAGGUGAUCUCUUCGUCGGAGGUCUGGGACCCAACAUGUAUCAGAACCUCCCUAAGUUGGUGGUUUCUCGUGAAGGCUUCCAGGGCUGUUUGGCGUCAGUUGACCUUAACGGCCGCCUGCCGGACCUCAUCAGCGAUGCCCUUUUCCGCAGUGGGCAAAUUGAACGGGGCUGCGAAGUUGGUUUCACCAAAGCCGACCUGCAAGGCCCGAGCACCACCUGCCAGGAAGACUCCUGCGCCAACAUGGGUGUGUGCAUCCAACAGUGGGAGAACUUCACUUGCGACUGCUCCAUGACGUCUUAUUCGGGGACUCAUUGCAAUGACCCUGGCACCACCUACAUCUUUGGCAAAGGAGGGGGUCUGAUCACAUACACGUGGCCUAAUAACGAAAGGCCCAGCACACGGACAGACCGGCUGGCGGUAGGUUUUAGCACGACCAUCAAAGACGGCAUCCUCGUUCGCAUCGACAGUGCCCCGCGCCUGGGUGACUACAUCAUGCUCCACAUUGAGCAAGGGAAAGUCGGCGUGACCUUCAACAUUGGGACAGUGGACAUCAGUGUUAAGGAGCUGACGACAGGGGUAAAUGAUGGCAAAUACCAUUUGGUUCGAUUCACCAGGAAUGGAGGCAAUGCCACCUUACAAGUGGACAACUGGCCGAUCAAUGAGCACUUUCCUUCAGGCAACAGCGACAUUGAGCGCUAUCAAAUGGCAAAUAAGAAAAUCCCAUUCAAAUAUACCCGGCCAGUAGAAGAUUGGCUUCAGGAGAAAGGCCGGCAGCUCACUAUCUUCAACACCCAAGCGACUAUUUCAAUCGGUGGAAACGACCGUAAGCGGCCUUACCAGGGCCAGCUUUCAGGCCUCUACUACAAUGGCCUCAAGGUCCUCAACAUGGCCGCCGAAGGCCACGUCAAUAUCAAGGUGAACGGCAGUGUUCGGCUGGUGGGGGAUGUGCCGGCCAGUAGGGGCGCGGCACGCACAACCACCUCAGUACCGCCUGAGAUGUCCACCACCUUUAUCGAGACCACCACCACCUUGUCUACAACCACCACUCGCAAGCAGCGCUCACCACCCACAAUCCAGACGACAGAUGACAUUGUGUCAUCAGCCGAGUGCUCCAGUGACGACGAAGACCUGGAGGAGUGCGAUUCCGGACACACAGGAGGGGAGCUAGUCAUCCCCAUAUUAGUGGAGGAUCCCAUAGACAUCCCUUCUGUAUCCACCCGUUCUUCUUUCAUCUCCCUUCCCCCAACCCUCCACCCCCUCCUCACCAUUAUUGAGCCCACCAAAGAAUCCUUGGCCAUGGCCACUGAGGCGGGGCUACCUUGCUUGUCGGACCGAGGCGGCGAUGAUUGUGAUGAUGGUGAUGAUGAUGAUGGUGAUGAUGAUGAUGAUGGCAUGGUGAUUUCGGGGUUUGGCUCUGGCGAAGCGUUCGACUCUCGCCUGCCCCCGACUGACGAUGAAGAUUUUGACAACACCUUCUCCCUGGUAACAGAUAAGAUCUUGACCACAUCAACCUAUGACGGCGGCUACAAAGCCCUCGCACCCAAGUGGGAGGCCAAGGACUUGAGGCCUAGCAAAGCCUCUGAGGCAGGUAGGACUACACCCACCUUGCCUCUACCCAACCCUCGUGGCACGCCAGCUGCGGCGGCCCCCUCGGCCACGCUUCCCAAGCUGCCCGCUGGGAAAAUGAACAACCGCGAGGUAAAACCCCCGCAGCCGGACAUAGUCCUGCUGCCUCUCCCCACAUCCUUCGAUCUGGACGGCACCAAGCCGCGGGGUCCUUACGUCACCUCGCCCAUGCUGCGCACGGUGCCCGCCGCCUUACCCACAGUGCCCGGCGUGGUGCGGCGAGUACCGCCGGGGGCUUCGGAGGUAAUACGGGAAUCGAGCAGCACCACGGGCAUGGUGGUGGGAAUUGUCUCAGCUGCCGCCCUCUGCAUCCUCAUCCUCCUCUACGCCAUGUACAAGUACAGGAACAGGGACGAGGGGUCCUACCAGGUGGACGAGACGCGCAACUACAUCAGCAACUCUGCGCAAACCAACGGCGCCGUGGUGAAAGAUAAAACGCCCAGCAGCGGCGCCAAAAGCAGCGCCGCAAACAAGAGACCCAAAGACAAGGACAAGGAAUAUUAUGUAUAGAAAUCAAGUCAUUUCCCAACACAAAGAAAACAAACUUGUUAGAAACAAAUAUAGAAACAUUUUGACAGUACCAUAUUGGCAACUGUGAUCUCUCUUGAACUCAACACUUUCUGAGUCACUGGAACAUGUCCACAGAAAAAAGCAACAAACAAAAGACUUGACAUGUGAAAGCACACUUACUAUUGUAAGAGUUCUGGAGAGAGAAGGCACAUCUUCACUGGAACCUCCACAUGGACCUUUUAAAGGAGUUCCGGCUCGAGAAUUUUGGAAGUGUGGAAAACAUCUCUCUCGCAUCCACGCGACCCCAAGUAACUGUCCGAGGUGUGAGCGCACGCGCGCGUUUGAUCCGUCGGAGUACUGACGACCCCCCGACCUUGUCCGUUGUAACCCUGUAAAAUACGAUCGCUGUCGUUUCGGCCAUUCGGAGCUUGCAUGUGAGGUGUACGUGAUGGCAUCUGUGUAGUGGAGGGACCUCAAGGAACGCAGUUUGGGGGUUAGGAUAUGUAGCUUUCAUAGACGUGGUUGAAGUACAGAAAUUACGUCCUUUGUUUUUUUUUUUUUCUUUUUUUUUCUUUUAAUAAAUGUAGGCAUUGUAUGAUGUUGAAAGAUGGCAGCACACAACACUGUGACCACCCAGUAGGAUGUGAUACAUCAAAGCAUCUCUCGCUGCUUCCUGUCCGCUUCAUUGUUGACCGGAAACCUCAAGGAGGGAAACCAUUAUUUAUUUAUUCUUCAUAUUUUUAAAUAGUGAAUAAAGUCAUCGUUAUUAGCUGAAAUUAUGUUAAGCAUAUCGCUGAUGAUUUUGUCAAAAAAGCAAAGUGUAUGUUUUAUUACAAGCUGCUGUUCUUUGCUGGUGAAUUGAAAGUUUAUUGGUUUGUUUUUUUUAAAUUUGGUUUAAACUCCCUACUGUAGCAACAGAUUGAAAAUAUUCUUCUUUUGCCAGAACUGCCUGGAGACAAAGACAACUUGUCUCACUUGGUUUUUCUCUUAGUGAAUUUUUGACUGUGCUGAAACUGUCACUCUGUGGACUGUUUUGAUGCUUUUCACAUUAUGUAUUUAUUGAUCUUUUUUUUUUUUUUUUUAUCAGAAACUGAAAAAAAAAAAAGUUAAAACAGGAAUAAAAUAAGGACGAUGAUGAUGAUUUUUAUUCUGAUGGGUUUGGAAAUGUAUUGCCAGCAAUUUACUUGACUUUCAGUUUCGUACCUUCCUUGGUUCAUAACCGUGACACUAUUCUUUCUGUCGGCUCAGCAUUUUGUAUUUGAUUUCUUAUGCUCUUUAUUGUUGUAGCUUAAUUUCAGGUCAUUUCUAUGAUGUUGAGUAUUGUUUUUUUUUUAAAUUACCCCAUUUAGUUUUGCUGAAUUUAUCCAUUCUCAUUCAUUUGGAAAUAUUUCAAUGUUCACUUUGAUUUUUUUGUGUUAGUACUUGACUCGUCUUCUGCUCCUUUGA